GGAAAGCAGCACUUUCUUGCCAGAAGAUGUGACUGUGACUCGUACGGGAAUGGUGGCUGUAGCUGACAUGACGAAUGGAGCCAUCUGGGUCUUCAACCCUCACACCAGCCUCUCCAAGGGGGAAUGGAUAAAGAUCAGAAAGGUUGGUUCCCCCAGGGGUAUUGGAGUAGACUCCAUGGGCAAGAUCUUGGUAACAGACUAUGCACAAGGCCAAGUCCACAGCUUUGCUCUGGAUCACACCUUCAAGACACUCAAUACCCACUCAGUCCCCAACCUGCAGGGACCUCGCUACAUCAGCCCAGCGCCCAACGGAGGCUUUGUGGUAAGCGAGGAGUGUGGAGACGUCAAGGUCUUCACGAGCAGCCGUAAGCUCCUCUGCUCCCUCAGCAGCAAAUACGGACACUGGUUUGGCAACCCAGCUGGGGUCUGCGUUGACGUGGAAGGCAGCAUCCUGGUAGCAGAUGAGCAGCGCCGCACGGUCCACUUGUUCCCAGAACAUGGGCCUCCCAUCUGCCUGGUGUCCACAGGGCUGCGGAAGCCCAUUGGGGUGGCUUGCUCCUCCUUUGGGCACCUCUUUGUGGCAGACGCAGGGGAGAACUGUGUCAAAGUCUUUAAGUACCGUGUGAGGCCCCCUUACAGCCCCACCAACCCUGGGGCACCAUGUGGUGACCCCAGCCUAACAUCCAGGAGGGGAGUCGGGCCGGUUCCACUGCAACCCCGCUGA